AUGUACAACAAUCCGAUUAUUCCCGGAUUUAAUCCCGACCCUUCCAUAAUUCGCGUGAAGAAUGACUUCUUCCUCGUAACCUCUUCCUUCGAAUACUUCCCCGGAGCUCCGAUAUACCAUAGCACUGAUCUGAUACGCUGGACCCUGAUCGGCCACGCACUGACCAGGCGCAGUCAGAUCCACAUCCAGACCCCCGAACCUGGUGGUGGAGUUUGGGCCACCACCCUACGGUACCAUGGCGGUGUCUACUACAUAAUUGCGGCCAGCUUUGAACGCUAUCGCCCCCAGGAUGAUGAUCGUGUUUGGCCGCGCGGGUUCUACGUGAAGACAGAGAAUAUCUGGGAUUCUGAUUCCUGGUCUGACCCGGUGUUUUUCGACCAAGUCGGAUUUGAUCAGGAUCUGUUCUGGGACGAUGACGGCACGGUGUACCUAUCAUCGACCUAUCGCAAACUGAAUAGAACGCCGAAUGCAAAUCUGAAAGACUUCGCCAUCCAUAUCGCUACUGUUGAUCUUGCCAGCGGGGCUUCUACAUCCGAACCAAGGCUCAUCCGAGAUUCUACCUCCGGCGUCUCUGAGGGAUCGCAUAUAUUCAAGCGCGGGAAAUACUACUAUCUUUUCACCGCCGAAGGGGGUACAGAAAGCGGCCAUUGCGAAUGGGUGAGCCGCAGUGAGACGGGCCCGUUUGGUCCGUGGGAAGUGGGACCGAGUAACCCACUCUGGAGGAAUGGGAUCAAUGACGACGUGCAAAAUACUGGGCAUGCAGACUUGGUGGAAGAUGCACAGGGAAGAUGGUGGGCUGUUUUCUUGGGUGUGCGACCGGUGCGAAAGGAUGGUUACUGGGAGGAGUCUGUUUUUGGGCGCGAAACAUUUCUGAUACCCGUUGAGUGGAAGGAUGAUUGGCCGGUUUUCAAUGAGGGCAAAAAAAUCUCUCUCCAAUCUGAAAGUCCACACCUUUAUGAGCACCAAAAUCCCGUAGCAUGGAGAGAUGAUUUCUCGAGUCCAGAAUUACAGCUAGGCUGGUACCGCAAAAACACCCCCAUAAGAACAGAUUACUCGCUUGUGGAGCGACCAAACCACCUCCGUCUACACGGAGGACCAUAUAACCUCUCCGUCCCCAGUUGUCCGACUCUAUUUCUUCGGAAACAAACUCAUCACUACUGCACGUGGGAAACACAGUUAUCUUUCAAUCCUCAGUCACCACAUACAGAAGCUGGAACUGUUGUCUGGUGGAACUAUUUCACUUACAGCAGUAUAGGGAUUCGGCACUCCCCUACAAAGGAAAGGGCACGAAUUGUGCGAUUCCGAGCGGCUGGAGGAGAAGUUAUUGAUCGGGAACUCGAAAGCGCAGUGUCGGAUGUCGUGUUCUUCAUUGAAUGCGGAGACCAGUAUAGGUUUGGUCUCAGAGAGGUGAACGGCGCUCAUUCCCAGAUCCAGUGGCUAGGAGAGGUUCAGAACAGCACAAUGACUCAGUCGCCGCCAGUCGGAGCACCUUUUACCGGGAUGAUGCUCGGACUGUAUGCCUUCGGAGAACGGCAACGCUGCUUAGUUCCGGCCGACUUUGCAUAUGCCGAGUUUAGAUGA